AUUUAAUAAUUUAAAAUGCUUUGUGGCAUAUUUAUUACCUUGUUGGUGAUAACAAAUUGUCGUGGCGAAAAAGAUCCCAUAAUAAAUGUGGAAACUUCACUGGGUCAGGUGAUGGGCACACAAAUGGACUCACGUUUAGGUAAUAAGUUUUGGGCAUUUCGUGGUGUACGUUACGGCCAACCGCCUGUUGGUGAAAUGCGUUUCCAAAAUCCUCAACCGGUAAAAGCCUGGACACCUGAAGUGUAUGAUGCCACCAAAGAUGGUCCUAUUUGUUCACAAGUAACUGAUAAUUUAACGAACAUAUCAGAAGACUGUUUACGUUUAAAUGUAUAUACUAAAGAUACAAAAGAUCGAAAACCAGUUAUUGUGUAUUUGCAUCCUGGCGGAUUUUAUUCCGGUGGUACCUCAAGCAGUUUUGCUGGACCACAGAAUUUUAUGGAUCGAGAUAUUGUAUUGGUAACAAUCAAUUACCGUUUGGGUUCUUUGGGAUUUUUAGCAACUGGAACAACUGAUGCUCCCGGUAACAUGGGUUUAAAAGAUCAAGUUAUGGCAUUACGUUGGAUACAACAACAUAUCGAGAAAUUUGGUGGUGAUCCAAAUUCGGUAACUUUGUGGGGCUAUAGUGCUGGUAGUUUUAGUAUAGGUUUGCAUAUGAUGUCACCCAUGGCUAAGGGUUUAUUUCAUCGAGCUAUUAUGAUGAGUGCCUCUCCACUGGGACAAUUUAAGUAUAAAACAGAUCAAUUGAAUUUAGCAGAAAAGCAGGCCAGACUUUUAAAUUGUCCAGUGAAACCGAUUAAGGAGAUGGUGAAAUGUUUGAAAACGAAAUCUAUGAUGGAUUUUGUUAACACUACAGCGGACAUGUUUGAGGAGAGCUGGAAUCCUGUUUAUAAUUGGUUGCCUGUUAUUGAAAGUGAUUGCGGUGGAAAUUAUGAACGUUACCUUAUAGAGGACCCAUAUACCACAAUGUCCAAAGGCAAUAUCAAUAAGGUCCCUCUAAUAACGGGCAUAACUGAAUACGAAUUUUAUUAUAUUGGCUACUACGCUUUACGCAAUGAAACACAACGUCAACAUUUUAAUGACAAUUUCGAAAAAUAUACGCCAAUAUAUUUUCUAUAUGAACGUGAAAUGCCAAAGUUUCUUGAAGCCAGUGCAGCUAUUCGUUCAUUUUAUUUCCAUAAUAAACCACUAGAAUAUCCUCAAUCGUUAAUACCUUUUGGUGAACUGUAUAGCGAUGGUUUAAUUGGUUUUACAUAUUAUCGUUUCUUGCAAAUGGUUUCAAAAUAUACGUCCGUUUACACAUAUCUGUUUACAUACAAAGGACGCUAUAGUCAUUUCCAAAACCCUGAGACUAAUCAGACUUUAGGAGCUAUGCAUCAUGACGAACUGUUGUAUAUACUAAAUGUUCCCUUUAGAACGCCCCAAUUCAAACCAACGGAUCCCGAAAACGAUACCAUUGAGCGUUUAACUAGAUUUUGGUUCGAAUUUGCCCAGAAGAGUGAUCCUAAUAAUGCUUCCGAUGAUUAUUUAAAAGCAGUUGAAUGGCCUUUGUAUUCUGAAGAUAAAAAACAAUACCUGGAAAUCGGUCAACAUUUAAAUGUUAAAUCGAAUGGUAUCUUUCAAAAACGAUUUCAGUUUUGGGAUGAAUUAUUCCCUAUUUCGGAAAUGUUAAAUUCUUAUAAUGGUCAAUGUAGAAUUUAAAGAAAGUUGUACUAAAUGCAUAUUUUAAAUGUUUAUAUGGGUACUGGCCAGUGAAAUUGGAAAACAAAUUACGAAAUUACGGAUUAGAUUGUUGUUACAUUGUAACUAGGUUUGUCAUUUGAAUAAAAGCUAA